CCCCUUUGUCUGGAGGAGUUGUUCGCGUGGCGAAUGUCUGUCCUCCCUGUCCUCCCUAGCAGAGUCCCUCCCCGUGUCUGGACCGAGGAGGAGCAGACGCUGGACAGGGUGUGUGUGUUCAGCAGUGGAUUGUCAGCCUUGGGUCCCAGCUGCUCCCCUUUGGACCUCUCCCUGGGCCCGCUGAUCUGACUGAUUCCUUCUACUUGGAGCUAGGACUCGGCCACCUUGACGCGCCCCCUCUGCCCCUGGAGCGUGUCUUUGGGUUUUGUGUGUGGGGGAGUGGGGUGUAUGUGUGUUUCCUAUCUGAGACACCUCCGGGUCGUUUGCUCGGAAACAGGAUGAGGGCCCGCAUAACUUGGAGCACUUGGCUGGAAGGUGAGGCAGGUCGUGUCCAAGGCUCCCGUGCCCGGGCCAGGUUAGGCACCAACGCGUCUCUUAUGUCUCUGCAGCCUGCAGUGUGGUGGAACCGUUUUAUAGACUGACAGUGUGAACGUGGGAGGGGGUGGAUAUCAGAGAUUCGUUUAUCUAGAUUUUCAGAGAAAAUGCUCUGAUGUGAGUGUAAGCAGGUUACUCUCUGUGUCUCGUGUUCUUUACCUGUAAUUUGAGGUUUGUUUUACCUACUUUUAAGUGGUGGUUGUGAGGAUUAAAUGGAAUUUUGACAUGCAACAGUUGACACGGGGCCAGACACCAAGUAAGGGAUCAAUCAGUUGUCGCUUUUAUUAAUAGUAGGCAUCCAUCUCCCCAUUUGUUCAUAAGAAGGAAACACCCAAGAAGGAAAAGUAACUUGUAGGGCACCCAGCCAACUAGCACAUAGUGGAAAUUAGAAUCCAGGCACUCCCAGCAGGGCACUUUCCACCACCCUGCACUUUUGUAUUCAGCAGGCACAGUAUCUUUACUGCUGUCUGUAACUAGCUGUCUAUGUUCCCAGCGUCUGACUCUGCAGGGCCCUGGUGGUAUAAAGGUACUGAGACUUGCCUGUGUUUAGGGCUUCCUGAAGAUUAAAUGGCUGCUGAAGUUCUUGAGUUUAGCUUUGGCUCAAAAGAUACUGCUUCAGACUCUGUGUUCUGAAUAGAGUCUCAGAGAAUGAAAAAAGAAAUACAAUGAAAAAGGAAAAAACUUCAAUCCAGAAUCUCUUGCCAGAGUUUCUGGGAGAAUGCUGGCAAUUCCCAGGAAGAUAUGUGGAGAACGGAAAGGUUGCUACACCCAAAUAGUGUAGCAAAGGCUAUGAUUAUGGAGGACUGGACCUGCAAACUCCAGAACAGAGUUCUGCCUUCUGAGGACCCUGCUGUUUCCCAAAAGAGGUGUCUUGAGAAGGAAAAUAUGGCUGCUCUUUGCCGGACAGCAGAGUCCCAGGCUGAACUCCAGUGUACCCAGUUAGACUUGGAGCGGAAACUCAAGUUGAAUGAAAAUGCCAUCUCCAGGCUCCAGGCCAACCAAAAGUCUGUUCUGGUGUCGGUGUCAGAGGUCAAAGCAGUGGCUGAAAUGCAGUUUGGGGAACUCCUUGCUGCUGUGAGGAAGGCCCAGGCCAAUGUGAUGGUCUUCUUAGAGGAGAAAGAGCAAGCCGCGCUGAGCCAGGCUAAUGGCAUCAAGGCCCACCUGGAGUACAGGAGUGCCGAGAUGGAGAAGAACAAGCAGGAGCUGGAGAGGAUGGCGGCCAUCAGCAACACUGUCCAGUUCCUGGAGGAGUACUGCAAGUUUAAGAACACUGAAGACAUCACUUUCCCUAGUGUUUACAUAGGGCUGAAGGAUAAACUCUCCGGCAUCCGCAAAGUUAUCACGGACUCCACUGUACACUUAAUCCAGUUGCUGGAGAACUAUAAGGAAAAGCUCCAGGAGUUUGCCAAGGAAGAGGAGUAUGACAUCAGAACUCAAGUGUCUGCCGUUGUUCAGCGUAAAUAUUGGACUUCCAAACCUGAGCCCAGCACCAGGGAACAGUUCCUGCAAUAUGCUCAUGACAUCACGUUCGACCCGGACACAGCACACAGGUAUCUCCGGCUGCAGGAGGACAACCGCAAGGUCACCAACACCACGCCCUGGGAGCACUCCUACCCGGACCUCCCCAGCAGGUUCCUGCACUGGCGGCAAGUGCUGUCCCAGCAGAGUCUGUACCUGCAUAGGUACUAUUUUGAGGUGGAGAUCUUCGGGGCAGGCACCUACGUUGGUCUGACCUGCAAAGGCAUCGACCGGAAAGGGGAGGAGCGCAACAGUUGCAUUUCCGGAAACAACUUCUCCUGGAGCCUCCAAUGGAAUGGGAAGGAGUUCACAGCCUGGCACAGUGACAUGGAGACCCCGCUUAAAGCCGGACCUUUCCGGAGGCUUGGGGUCUAUGUCGACUUCCCAGGAGGGAUCCUUUCCUUCUAUGGCGUAGAGCAUGAUGCCAUGACUCUGGUUCACAAGUUUGCCUGCAAGUUUUCAGAGCCAGUCUAUGCUGCCUUCUGGCUUUCCAAGAAGGAAAACGCCAUCCGGAUUGUAGAUCUGGGAGAGGAACCCAAGAAGCCAGCACCAUCCUUGGUGGAGACUAUUCCCUAGACUCCAGGAGCCAUAUCCCAGACCUUUGCCAGCCACAGUGAUGGAAUUUGCAUUUUAGGGUGAUUUGAGGGCAGAAAUAACUGCUGAUGGUAGCUGGCUUUUGAAAUCCUAUGGGUCUCUGAAUGAGAACAUUCCAGCUGCUCUCUUUUGCUCCGUAUGGUGCUGUUCUGUAUACGUUUGUAGUAAUUCUUUUUCUUUUUUUUUGAGAUGGCGUCUCGCACUGUUGCCUGGGCUGGAGUGCAGUGGUGCGGUCUUGGCUCACUGUAAUCUCCGUCUCCCAGGUUGAAGCAAUUCUCCUGCCUCAGCCUCCUGAGUAGCUGGGAUUAUAGGCGCCCGCCACCAUGCCCGGCUAAUUUUUUGUAUUUUUAGUGGAGACGGAGUUUGACCAUGUUGGCCAGGCAGGUCUCAAACUCCUGACCUCGUGAUUCACCUGCCUCGGCCUCCCAAAGUGCUGGGAUUACAGGCGUGAGCCACCGCGCCCAGCCUGUUUGUAGUAAUUUUUAGGCACCAAAUCUCCCUCAUUUUCUAGUGCCAUUCUCCUGUCUGUUCAGAUAAACGUCACACUAGGCCUCGAAUGGAUGACCAGGAACCUUCAGAGUGGCUGAAAAGAGUGCAGAGUUAUCAUGAUAAAUUGCUAACUUGUGUAUUUCCUA